AUGACAAAGGAGGGGGAACAUCCGUUUGCAAAACAAAAACUAACGGAUGCGUUGAACGCAUCCGUCACCUCUCCCACAGGUGCACUACAAUGUCAUGAUGAUGAAGCACAAAAUGCUCAGAAGCCAAAAGCAAUGGGUGUUCAAAGUCAUGUACGAAUUCCACCAACAAAGAAGACUAAAACUUGGUUGUCUCCGGCCAAGAGGAGAAAGAAAGUGAACCCAAGGAUUGCCCAUUUCAAACAAAAUCAGCGGGCUGUUGAUGACAUAAGCAAAAAGGCAUUCAAUCCUUUGGAUGACUGUGUGAUCUGCCAUGCAAAAGAAAUCGAUCUACGUGUUCCACAUCGACCCCAUGACGUCCGUUGCCCAGGGCUUUUGAAAAAUAGUCAAGGAGAAAGGAAGUAUGAAAAAGAUCUUAGGAACUACUUCAAUGCCCCAAUGGAAAAUCCAGAGAAGGAAGAAGAGCUUACUGGAGGUGGGACCCCAAGUGUGCAAUUGUACUAUUCUGGGCCGACUAUGACAAGAAGAAGGAAGGCUCUCGCUGCUGGAAAACUUCCUGCACAGGCUCAAGCCACCACAGUUCAAAAAUGGGAAAGCAUCUGA